ACAGCAGAGCUCUGCUUGUCUAGCGAGGGUGGAGAGCCCUGCGCCUAUCCAUAUGGGGGUGGCAAUCGCCCUGGUGCUCUGCGCCGGGGCGUCUGGGAAGCCGCUGCUCCUCUCGCGGCGCACCCCUCGAGCCCAGGACGCGCUUCGCAUUCGCGGCGGCGCCGCCGGCGGCAACCUUGUGCCUCUCCCGCCGGCCGACAACCUGCCGAGCGGCCCGCUGCCUGAGCAUGCCCUGACGGUGGAUGCGGUGCUGGCAAAGCUGGGCGUGACGACGGAGACGGGCCUCACACUGUCGCAGGUCGCUGAGGCUCGCAAGGCUCACGGCCGGAACGAGCUCGAGGCGGAGAAGCCGACGCCGCUGUGGCAGCUACUGGCGGCGCAGUUCGACGACCGGCUCGUCCAGAUCCUGCUGGGGGUGGCGGUGCUAUCGUAUGUGCUCGCGCGGCUGGAGGAGGAGCCGAACGGCUGGGUCGAGCCCGCCGUCAUCGUGCUCAUCCUCGCGAUCAACGCCGUGGUCGGCGUCUGGCAGGAGGCGUCGGCGGCGUCGGCGCUCGAUGCGCUCAAGCAGCUGCAGCCAGAGGCGUGCAAGUGCCUGCGCGGAGGCGAGUGGGUGCACGAGCUGCCUGCGGCGGAGCUGGUCCCCGGCGACAUCAUCGAGGUCCGCGUCGGCGACCGCGUCCCCGCCGACGCGCGCCUCGUCUCCCUCGGCACCACGACGCUCUCGACGGACGAAGGCUCGCUCACCGGCGAGUCCGCCUCAGUGCCAAAGCUGCUCGACGCCGUCGCGGCCGACGCGCGCAUCCAAGACAAGUCCUGCAUGCUCUUUUCCGGCACGGUGGUCGCAAACGGCCGCGGGCGCGCCGUCGUCACCGCGCUCGCAGUCGUCACCGCCACGGGCUCGGCGACGCAGAUCGGCCUCAUCCAGCGCGGCGUGCAGCAGGCCAAGCAAGACGAGCGGAGGACGCCGCUCGCGAUGAAGCUCGACUCCUUCUCCGAGAAGCUCACCCUCGCCAUCGGAGGGAUCUGCGUCGCCGUCUGGCUCAUCAACCUGCCAAAGAUCUACUCGCCCGUUGCGGUCGCGCUCGGCGUGGCGGCCAUCCCCGAGGGGCUCCCCGCGGUGAUCACGCUCUGCCUCUCGCUCGGCACCCGCCGCAUGGCCGACCGCAACGUCAUCGUCCGCAAGCUGCCCUCCGUCGAGACGCUCGGCUGCACCACCGUCAUUUGCACCGACAAGACGGGCACCCUCACCACCAACCAGAUGACCGUCGUCGCGCUCGUCAUGGCGCAGCAAAAGGCGGCGCAGGCCGACGACGCGCUGCGCGAGUACCCCGUCGACGGCGUCUCCUACGCGCCGCAGGGCCGCGUUGUCGGCCUCGAGGAGGCGACGCGACGCGGCAAGGGCGCGGCGCAGCUCGUGCAGACGUGCGUCCUGUGCAACGACGCGGAGAUCACCUACUCGGACGGGCAGUACGGCCGGGUGCUCGCCGAGAAGGUUGGCGUGCACGGCACCGCCGGCCCGGCCGACGCCGCCGCCGCCGCGACGCACUACAGCUCGGUGCUCAACGCGGGGCACGAGCGGCAGGCGACGCUCGAGUUUUCGCGCUCGCGCAAGUCGAUGUCGGUGCUCAGCCGGCAGGUCGGCGCGCGGCUCAACUCGCUCUUCGUCAAGGGGGCGCCCGAGUCGGUGCUGCCCCGCUGCUCGGCGGUCCGGCUCUCGGACGGCUCGACGGUGCCGAUGAGCGAGGCGUGGCGCCGGAAGCUGCGCGCGCAGUUCGAGGAGAUGGCGCGCCGGCCGCUGCGCUGCCUCGCCCUCGCCGUCAAGGAGGGCAAGGCGCUCGGCCCCCUCGCGACGUACGACAAGGACGCGCCGCGGCCGGCGCAGACGCGGCUGCUCUCCGACACGUCCCGCUUCGCCUCGAUCGAGAGCGGGCUCACCUUUGUCGGCCUCGUCGGCAUCAAGGACCCCGCCCGGCCCGAGGUGACGACGGCCAUCGGCCGGUGCAAGCAGGCGGGCAUCCGCGUGGUGAUGAUCACCGGAGACUCGGCGCAGACCGCCGCGGCCAUCGCGCGCGACGUCGGCAUCUUCGAGGCGGACGCGCCGCCCGAGGCGACGGCGGCGCGCACCUUCGCCGGCUCCGAGUUCUUCGAGCUGCCGACCGAGGAGCAGGACCGGCUGCUGCUCGACUCGAACCUCGUCUUCUGCCGCGCCGAGCCGGCCGACAAGCAGCGCCUCCUCGCGCAGCUCGAGCGGCUCGGCGAGGUCGCCGCGAUGACCGGCGACGGCGUCAACGACGCGCCGGCGCUGCAGCAGGCGUCCAUCGGCGUGGCGAUGGGCAUCGCGGGCACCGAGGUGGCCAAGGACGCGGCCGACAUGGUGCUCGCCGACGACAACUUCGCGACCAUCGUCGCGGCGGUGGAGGAGGGGCGCGCCAUCUACGCGAACAUGAAGGCCUUCAUCAACUUCCUCAUCACCUGCAACAUCGGCGAGGUCGCCGCCGUCUUCCUCUCGACUCUGCUCGGGCUGCCCGAGGUGCUCGGCCCGCUGCACCUGCUCUGGGUGAACCUCGUCACCGAUGGGCCGCCCGCCACCGCCCUCGGCUUCAACCCGCCCGACCCGGGCAACAUGCGCCGCCCGCCGCGCGGCCGCACCGACCCGCUCGUCAGCCGCUUCACCCUCUUCCGAUACAUCCUGACCGGCACCUACGUCGGCGUCGCGACAGUCGGCGCGUUUGUGCACGUCUACCGCUCGCGCGGCAUCCCGCUCUCGAUGCUCGCCAACUGGGGCGCUUGCUCCGAGUGGCAGGCGACGCCGCCGCCCCCUCCCCCGCCCGCCCUAGCCCUCUCUGCUCCGCCGUCCGGCGUGGGCGACGUGCCUGGCUUUGCGAGUGCGUGCGACGCGUUUGGCACCGGGCCCGGCCAGGGCAAGGCCGUCGCCUCGACGGUGGCUCUCACGACGCUAGUCUGCAUGGAGAUGCUGCGGGCCCUCUGCGCCGUGUCGGAGCGCGAGUCGCUGCUUCGCAAGCCGCCGUGGGCCAACCGGUACCUCCUGCUUGGCGUCACCGUGCCCAUCCUGCUGCACAUGUCGGUGCUCUACUACCCGCCCCUCGCCGCAAUCUUCAAGCUCGCCCCGCUCGCCCGAGACAAUUGGUGGACCGUGGCCAUGUUUUCGCUGCCGCUGGUCCUCCUCGAGGAGCUGCUCAAGUUUGCUGCGCGCACCCUCGCGGGGGAGUAGGCGGGACCUGGACCAGUUAGGCGGGGAGGCGCGGUGUGCGCUUGCCCACAGCCACGACGACACCCGAGCCCGCAGACACGCAGAGCGGGGCAGAAUGAAGCGAGGCGGUUUUGCAGAGAGAGAGACAGAGAGAGACAGAGAGAGAGAGAGAGAGAGAGGCGGGGGGUACUGUCUGUCGGCGCCCAGGGAAUCGAGUGAGAUACACACAUGUUGUCAUCGUUGAGAGAGGUCGGGAGAGAGAGAGAGAGACGAUGACAGAGCGAGAGAGAGGUGUGCAUUCCGUAUAAAACUAUCUCCGCAUCC